AUGUCUUCUAUCGCUGCUGAGAACGACGCUUUGGUCGAGCCAGAUAUUAUCGAGUCCGAUAUCCCUAUUUCUGACAAGCAUGCAAAAAAUAAAAAAUCUUCAAAAGGCAAGAGCAAAGGUAAUUACACCAGCAUUGGAUCAGAGGACGCUCCUCUGACCAAUGCACCAUCAAUUAGCAUUCCUAUGGAAGGAAAUAUAGACGGAAGUGGUCCUCCAAAUAAUCAAAUUAUUGCUGAUGCCACUGGUAUCAGCAGGGGUACUUUGGACGAAUCCGUGUUGGAUACUUUAAAAAGAGAUAUCAUUGAGAUUAAUAAUAGAUUGAAGCAAGUCGUGUAUCCGCAUUUUCCUUCUUCCUAUGCCCUAGCAGGAGGUGUGUCUCAAGUGAACGGUGGUAAUUCUGUUGAUGACCUGCAUGCUCAAAGUAGUGAUUUGUGGGCCCCAUUAACCUUUGUCAUAUCGUACUCGUUGAUUGUCUCGCAUGCACAGUCUUUGUUUUCAAGUCUGUUUAUUACAUGUUGGUUCAUUUUGUUGGUUCUGGCAUUGCAUUUAAGGCUAACAAAACCGCAUCAGUCAAUGUCUCUGAUUUCGUACAUAUCAUUGUCGGGAUAUUGCUUGUUUCCGUUAGUUAUUCAAGCUUUGCUAACACAGACGUUGCUGCCUUUAUUGUUGCGUGUGGCAUUGAAGGGUCAUACAAAUUUACAAGUUAGAAUCAAUGCUAUCUUGAAGUUGAUCCUGAUCAGUGUAUGUCUAAUGUGGGCUACAACUGCAAUCACAUUGGUAACUAAUGCAAAGGGGGUGGUACAGGUUUACCCAUUGGCCUUAUGUUUAUUUGGACUCGCAUGGUUAUCGAUCAGUUUAUAA